CAAACGCAAGUUUGCUGCUGUCAGACACCGGUACUUUUACCAUCAAUCCAUAAAUCAUAACUCGGCACGUACACACGGUAUAAACGCUCAGGAUUCAUAAACGGACUUAUAUUCGAACCAUCUAGCGUUGAACUGAACCAAAUUUGAAGUUUGCGUGUAAAUUCAGCGAGUUAGCGAGCGGUUAGCAGCGAACCCCGUGUAGAAUGUGAGCGCUCAGCAGGUGGAUGUGCUGAGGCGGCGUCGCGGUUAAUCAUGCGCCUGGAGUCCGCCGGAGGAGCCGCAGGAUCGGGCUGAAGCUCUGCUGACUCCGCGGUUUGAGUCUGAGCUCGUCUAAGGAUGUCUGCGUUGCUCAGAGUUUGGCUUCUUCUGGCCGUCUGGAUGCUUCUGGCAGCGGUGUCUUCCUCUCAGAGGAACGGUCUGAAUGCUGUGGAUUUCUCAGAGAGUUUUGGAAACGCCCUUCCGUCCCUCAGUCGCCCGGCGAACGCCAGCCAGAUCUUCUACAGCAUCAUGUUUGAUGCAGGCAGCACCGGCACCCGCAUCCACGUCUACACCUUCAUCCAGAAAGAUCCGGAUGGACUGCCGCUUCUGGAUAAUGAGAUGUUCCACUCGAUGAAGCCCGGUCUCUCUGCGUUCGCAGACAUCCCUGAGAUUGCCGGUCAUAUGGUGCGUCAGCUGCUGCGUGUGGCCAAGAAGACGGUUCCUCCGGUGGAGUGGAAGAGAACCCCGGUUCUGUUCAGAGCCACGGCUGGACUGAGGCUGCUGCCGCUGGCUAAAGCCCACGCACUUCUGGAGGAGGUGCAAGACGUCUUCGAUGAAUCUCCGUUCUACGUUCCUGUGGAUAGCGUCAGUAUCAUGAACGGCACAAAUGAAGGGAUUCUGGCCUGGGUCACAGUCAACUUCCUCACAGGUCGACUCCACAGAAACGCACAGAGGACGGUGGGAAUCCUGGAUCUGGGAGGAGGAUCCACACAAAUCACCUUCCUGCCCAAAUCAAGGAAAACAGUUGAGAGCGCUCCAGCGGAUUUCAUGGUGAGGUUCCACAUGUUCAGCAGCUCUUAUGAGCUCUACACACACAGCUACCUUGGAAACGGAAUCAAAGCAGCGCGUCUUUCAGCCCUGGGAGCACUGGGUUCAGAGGGUCUGGAGAAGAAAGUUUUCCAAAGUUCCUGUUUGCCCAAAAGGUACACUGGUGAAUUCAGCUUCGGAGGAUUCAGUUAUCACGUCAGCGGAGUCACCGACGGUGUGACGGGCUUCAGAGCGUGUUCUCAGGAGCUGCUGAAGGUGCUGAAGGGCAUCAUUAAACAGCCUCCCGAGCUGAAGGACAGCAGCACCUUCUACGCCUUCUCUUAUUACUUCGAUCACGCCGUGGAGGCCGGACUCAUCGAUGAAAGCAGAGGAGGAGCCGUGAAGAUCCGAGACUUCAAGAAGAGAGCAAAGGAGGUGUGUAACCGUCCGUCUGAACGCACUCAGCUCAAUCCGUUCCUCUGCAUGGAUCUCACAUACAUCGUCUGUCUGCUCAAAGAUGGCUUCGGCUUUAAGGAAAGCACCGUCCUUCAGCUGACCAAGAAGGUGAGGAACGUGGAGACCAGCUGGGCUUUAGGAGCUGCGAUCUACCACUCCCAGAAGUUCAGGAUCCAUUAAAGAGCUUCAGAGAAAGAAACCGUCUCUGAGAUGAACUGAUUCCUCAGGAGCACAGAUCUGCAGACGACUAUAUGCUGUUGUUGUUUACAUUACUGAGCGAAUGUUACGAUUUACAGCAGUCUGUCUUUAAUACAGCGGAGCUUUUCUUUUUUCCCCCG